AUGUUGAAGGUGCUCCACGCGAAGGCUGUCGCCGAACCAAUCUUGCUGGCAACGACGUGCCACAACAUGGACCUAUUCGCCAUCGUCACACGCUCGUUGGUGGUUGUGUACCGCUCCACCACCCUCACCGUCGUGACGACGCUCCCACUUGUCAUGAAGGAUAAAGAGAUGGCGGUCUCCGCCUGCUGGUCACCAUCUGGACGGCUGCUUGCCGUCGGUCUGCAGUCGGGAGACUUGUAUCUUCUGGAUGUCGAGAGCGGCGAACUGAUACGGCGGUUUGUCCCACGUCAUGGCAUUGCACUGGCCAUCAAAUCCGCUCAUGCGAAGACGCUCUCUGGCAUUGCCGACACCCCCGCAGAAGACGACAGCAACAACAGAAGCGGUGAAGAAGAGGACGGCGGCGAAGAUGACAUAGAACGGGAUCCGCUGCGUCAGCCACCUAUUCUACCGAUCUCCGUGGAUGGGGCGAUUGUUGCCUGUACGUGGACCUCCUUUGCCCCACGUACACCAACGAUGCAUAGCCACAAUGAGUUGUGUUUACCCCUAAGCGCGACGAUCUCCUCACCAAUUUUUGAGGAGUUGGAGCGCCAAGAGGACAUACCUGUGCUGCUGGUGCUGGACCAGAAAGGUGGGCUGAGUUUCCUUCCUGGUGGUAUGCAGGAGGUGGGCGUUGUGGUGAUGAGCCUGCAAUGGCCGUUGGAUCCGUUUUGCAUGCGUGUUGAGGCAUUUUUUGUGGCCGCCACGCCGCCACCAGCACCAGGUGCUCAUAAAAAUGACAGCAGUGGUAUUUGGAGCGAGGGCGGGAGUACGGACUUCCACGCAGCGUAUCUUGUGGUGCGGGAAACAGGAGGGCAAGCUUCACCGCGCCCCUUCUCGCAAGUUGUACGCAUUCACCUUUCCGACACCAUUGCACGCGUGACGGAUCGCGAGGCAGUUGCUCUCUGCUCCAUCGUCGAAUAUUGUCGCAUGGGGAAGGUAUCUUAUCAGUUUGUGCGAAAACGAUGGGAAAGUCUCAUUUGUGCAGUUCGCAAGGAUUUAUUGUUGCCGCAGAACGCCCUCCUGCUUCGCGAUACACUCAUGGAAGAUAUCGCGCAGCCGCCUUUGGCGGAGGUGACAGCGUAUUUUGAGAGAGUGGACUUGGAGGCACUGGUGAAGGACACCGAAGAGCUUUCGAGGCAGUUUGCGCAUCUCGUGCUGCAGGUCUCUAACGUUGCCUACCGCUGCUACGAUCUUGCCCUGCACCUGUCACAGGCUCACUCCAGCGACCGGCAGCGCCAGUGUAUGUUGAUGGACGUCAUUGGUGGGCUAAGGCAACGGUGCAGCAAUUUUCUGCGGCAAAUGCGGCUUGAGCUGGAGCGAGAAAAGGAUCUCGUGCACUGGGUGCUACAUCGCGCCGCACCCACGGGAACCAGGCCGUUCACUUCUCUCCCCUCGCUGCGUGCGGCGCGACACCCGUCUUUGCUGCGCACUCUUCACCACAUUGCGCGUGGGGAGUCCACGGUGUUUUUUCUUGCCGAUGAAGACAUUGCGCGGGGCGAAGAGGAGUUGUCGUACAUCGUCAAGGGGUGUUUGAUGGGCAGCAGGGAAACUGUUGCUUGCCUUGUGCCGCUGCUGGAUGACAUUGCCGCCGAGUCGAUCCUCCAGCGGCAGUGCGAGGUGCUCGUGACAGAUACGGCAGUGGCGGGGGUGGAGAGCGUGCAGCUGCACGCUGUGACAGUCACACAGUCGCACCCGUGCCAACCGAUCAUGGCUAUCUACGCACUGGAGCCGCGUGGCAAUGCGGGGCUUUGCUUCGUGACACAACACGAAAGUCCGGCGGUGGAUGUUGCGCCCUUGCGGCUUGCCGAGGCAAAAGCCACCCUUCUGUGGAGUGGUGUUGUGGACGAUGGGGGGCGCCGUGUGGUUCUGUGGGAGCGAGCGGCUGCCUCGGUUGAGUCGGCGGACGCCACAUUGUUGGUUGCUGUGGUAGAUGAAGCGGGCGUUGUUGAGGUCGCCGCAAAUGCUGGGGAGAACGACAGGGAGGAGGAGGAUGAGGAGGAGGAGGCCAGAAGUGCAGCGGAAGGAGAAGCAGAGCUCCACUACGCCGUGUUGGAGAUCAAAGGCAUUUCCACGCGUCACUUGCGGGCCUCUGUGAGUCGGGUGCGUGGCUUCGGUGUGUUUUACGCGAAGGAACGCUUUGUUGUGGUGGAUUUCAAAUGCGGCUUUAGAAGGGUGGUGAUGGGGUUGAGCGACGGAUAG